GGGCAGGAAAGAGGAGGAAAUAUCAAUCUUUAUGUCUGAAAAUCCCUGCUACUUCAGAGGCAGAACAAAGACUAGGUGGCCGCGAUGACUGACGUACCUUAUGAGAAUAAUUGGGACAACACUGUCCUCUGGACCAAAGAUUCUCCACCGUACUUCGUCUCACCGAUGUCCAGGUUCAAACGCUGGUUAUUUCCUGGUCUGACUGCUGUGAUCCUGCUGAUUCUGAUCAUAGUGCUUGGAGUUACCAACACGAAGACAUCGAAAUAUCUGUGGACUGUGGAUCAGAGAGUUUCCAACAUGAGUGACACCAUCCAGUCAUUUAACACCUCACUGCAUCAAGCUCAAGAAACAGCUAAACAAGUUCAGCAGCUGCAGUUUACUGUUGAGAACAACAAGGACCGGCUUACCUCAGUGUCGGAGGCCAUGAAGCAGCUGGCACUCAUUGACACGCUCACCAAGAAUAUUGCAGCCAUCAAAUGUUCCCUUGAACACAUCAUCAACAACAGUUCAACUACAGGUGGUUGUUGUCCUCUGGGUUGGACUGUGUUUGAGUCCAACUGUUACUUCUUCAGCAGUGAUUCUCAGUCCUGGACUAGGUCCAGAGACUGGUGUGAAGCACAACAAGCCCACCUGGUCAUUCUGCAUAACGACAAGGAGUGGGACUUUGUGACCCGUAAUUCAAUCCCUCAAUUAUACUGGGUCGGUUUGUCUGACUCCAGAACUGGGAGGUGGGAGUGGGUGAACCAGACACCAUACAGGAUUGAGCGCAGGCGAUGGGUACCUGGGCAGCCUGACAGCUGGACUGGGCACGGUCUUGGAGGGGAUGAAGACUGUGCUCACCUUCACAGUGAUGGACGCCUGAAUGACCACCACUGCUCCACCAGGUUCCGCUUCAUCUGUCAGAAACACAGCCUGAACAUUUGAACACAUUCGUUGCCUGGCUCCGCUCACAAACUGCUCUCCAACUACUGUUGAUUACAAAGAAAAUUUCUCUUUAAGAUAUAAGACAAAAAAAUCUUAUCUUAUUAUGUAGAAUUCAUCUAAUGUGGACUUCUUGUUCCACAGUGGGGCGCUGUUGAGCUUGACCAGAAUGAUUGGGACUCUAUGGAGUCCAUGAUUUACAGGUUGUGUUUUUGUUGUAGUAAAAUACCUUUCUGUGAGUAUUAGGGACAUCACACCACCAGGUCCAGUUUAUUCCAGAUCACGAAGCCUAACCCUUUGUGCUCUUUAGGAUUGUCACAAUCUCUUAUUGACUAAAAGAAUUCCCUUGAAUGACGUUGGAUAUUUACUAUAGAAAAUAUAAUAGCAUUAUCAGUUAGCUCUUUGAAAUGAACUUUUAUAUUCAAGCAUUGAGCAUUGAUCAGAAAGCUUCACCCACCAUCAUUCAAACUGAACAGGCUUACUGUGUGCAUGUUUUAGAUAGUACACAAGAGUCACUGUGAUGUCACAUGUUGAUUAUAGACUCACUAUGUUGGGUUUUCGGUGCCAGAAACAAUAUGCAGACUGGGUGAAGUGUUAAGUUAUCAGUUGUGUGCAUCUCACAGGCACAAAUGCCUGUUAAUUACUGCCAAGGAAGAUUAAUAUAAAAUCCUAGAAUUUCACUGACCAAAACCUUGGACUUCUUGGAUUGUCUGUGAACUGCACUGAAGCCAUAUGUUAGUUAAGAUAAUUGCAUCAAAUGCUCCAAAAGCACAAACACCAUCCAGAAAUGCAGUUCAGGGAUUCUCGUUGGCUGAGCUGAAGCCUAGCAAACAGUUAGUACCUGUCCAGCUUGACAUAAUUUAAAUAGGUGAAUCACAAAAAUUGUACUACAGUUGUACAAACAAUGCUACAAUGUAAACCUAAAUAAAAAGAAUCCUUCCAUCCAUCCGUUCUCUUCCACUUAUUCUUGUCAGGGUCGCGGGGUGGCUGGAGCCUAGCAUAGGGCGAGAGGCCGGGUACACCCUGGACAGGUCACCAGUCCAUCUCAGGCCUAAAACAAAGAGACAGACAACAAUUCACACUCAUAUUCACACUUAAGGGAAAUUUAGGAUCACUGAUUAACCUAACCUGUGAGAGAACACUCUGUGAUGUCCCGGUGUUUUCAGUGGAAGAAACACAUCAAGAUGAACACAAUCAAUUUACUAGAUCUUCCUUGCGAGGAUGAUUCAGACUUGAAUCAAGAAAUUCUAUGUUUUGUCUUUAGGAUUUCUCGAGUUUUGGCUUCUAAUUUCAUUUUGUUGAUUUCUUUUGUUAGGUUUCUGAUGUUCUUAGGUUCACUCGGUCUUUCCCUGUCUUUUUUUGUUUAUUGCCUUUGACCUCUUGUCUCUGGUCACUUCCUUUUUCAAAGUUAUUCUCUGAUGCGUCUUGUUCUGCCCUGCUCUCAUUGUCUCAACCUUUGAUUGCUCUUACAUGUGCUCUGUGGGCAAAAGACCUGCAACUGACAAAUAAAGGCUAUCUCAUCUCUCAUCUCAGUUUACUUAAAGAAAAACCCGAGUCUCCUGACAACUUUUAGUUUACAUUUUCAAUUGUAAUAAAGUUGCUUUUACACCCAGA